AUGAUCAUGCACAGCACCAUCGCUGCAUGCCGCCUCGUCAUGCGCCUCCAUAACUACAAAGCCUCGGGUGACUUGUACAUCCAUACUACGACGAUGCUUACCGGAGACAAACACAUACACUACGCUGGCGGGAGGCCCAGCCAAGCUGUGGACACCCGCCCGACGCCCGAGGUGCACGUCACGACGACCACAAUCACUGUUGGGGACUUCCCCGCCGUGCCACAGAAAGCGAAAGCGAUGCGCUCGUCGAGUAGACUGAGCAUUGGCCUCGAGUCCGUGCUCGGUUCCGAAAAGUAA